AUGUCUGGAAAUCAAGAAGAUCAAGAGCCACCAAUUAAUAUUCGACAACCAAAUGAUAUUAUCAAUAAUCAAAGAUCACUUGCAUUAGAAGUUCUUCAAAAUAUUAGUCAAGAUCAAAAUGAAAAUGAAGCGGCACAUGUGUCAACUCCAGUUUUGAUAACUCCAACAAAUGCGAGAUCAACUAGAGAAUUUGUUCAUGCAAUUCCAAGGAUUCGAAGAAGACGAAGAAUUGAAAAUAUUGAAUCAACAAGAUCAAGAAGAACAAUUACACGAAGAACUGUUGUAUCAAGAAAUGAAAAAAGGUAGGAACAUCAUGAAAAAAUAGUUAUGUACCUAAUAUUGAUGAUCUACAAAAUCUGAACUAUGUUCUUUUAGUCAAAAAUUGUUCCACUUAAUGAAAAAAAAUUUAUUAAAAAUGAUCCUCAACCACCUUUUAUCUCAAAAAAAAAAUGAAACUUCAGAUAUGACAAUACAAGUACUGCAAUUGAACUUGAUCCAAAUGAUCAAAUAUUCGAAAAUCGUUUAGAUGUUUUGCUUCAAACUCCAAAUAACAAAGAAGAAAAGGUUCGAAUUCCUUCUUCGCUUCGAAUCAAAGAUCAAAUUCGUGAAAUAAAUCGACUGGAAAUAAUGGAAAAAGCAAGAAAAUCGACUGGAAAUUGGAAAGAAUGUUUGAAAGAAUUAGAAAAUCAUAUGAAAAUGAUGGAAGAAGAAAUUGGAAUAAUUGAUGAAUUUGUGAAAGAAAUGAAAACAAGAAUUGAAGAAGAACAAAUUAUUGUUUUGAAAAUUGAACUAAUCAAUGAGAUUUUGAAAAUCUAG